UUACGUCACUGCGCUGUAGCUUUUCGUUGCUUGGCGUCUCUACGCAUCUCAGUCUUGACAUGAAAGUGCGCGUCUGUUCAUCACAAUUUGCCACUGAAUUAAAACGCUCAGGAUAAAAGCCGCACCUCGAUCCUUCGGUAUCGUUUCAAGAAGAGUCUUUUUGUUUCGGAAAUAAAUUCUUGUUUCGUGAAGGAAUUUCGGUGAAGGCAAACUUGGUUUCUCAAAAUAAAUGGAGCCUUUCGUACAACGUAUGUUGGAACGUGCUAAAGCGCGGAGAGAGAAAUUGAAUGAACAAUUAAUUAAUGCAGGACAUGAUAUUAAAAAAAGUCCUUCAAAAGGAAAUGUUCAGCUAGAACAACUAACAGUAGCAGCAGCAGCAGCAGUAGUAAAUGAAAUUUCAGUCAAAUCACCAAAAACAACAACAAUAACAAAUGAAAUUUCAAUCAAAUCACCAAAGGCAACUGCAGCUAAAACUCCUAUAAAAUCUUCUGACAUAUUUCUUCAGCCUGAAAAUGGUACAUCUGAGAAUAAUGAACAAAAUAAUAAAGAAAAUGAUGAAUUUGGGACAUAUAACGUGCGUUCCAAGUUGCAAAGACUUGGAAAAUUAUAUUCUGAGGAUAAUACUCUUGGAUCCCCAAUACAUAGGACUGAAGAGAAAUUCAAUGCAGAAGAAAUUGAUACUGAACAUAAACCGAUUAAAAGAGGUGCUAGACUCGAUCGAUUAGCAGCUUUAGCUUCAACCAUUAAUAAUUGGGAAGAUGAUUUAUCGCAUCCAAUAUUAAAUUCAAAGGCUAAACCAGUAAGUAACAAAACAGAAAAAAUACAAGCCAAGUUUAAUGAACAAGUUAAGAAUGUAGAACCACAACCAAGCACAAGUGAAAAUUACAAGUGGGUUGCUGUUAGUAAUGGGACAAAAAGCAAAGAUGCUAGUCCAGUUAAACAAUUAAAGUGGGAUAAAACUGUAUUAGAAAAUUUGGAGGCUCAAGGCUUUAGUCGUACGAAAAGCAAUUCUCGCCUUGUGUAUGACUAUAAGCAUUGUUCUCAGGGAUCAACAAAUGCGACGCCAAAUCAUUUAUCACCUAAGAAACUCACGAGUAAUGUUCAGAUGGAAAAGAAGCGAAUCUCAUCUGAGAAAUUUGAUUGUUCACCGAGAAACAAGAAUACAGAAGACAACACUAGCAAUUCUAAUACUCCCGAAAAUAUUGUGAAAGGCGCAAAUACCAAUAGCAGUUCUCGACUACCAUCGAGAACUGGAUUUAACGGCUCGCCAAAAACUUUAGUCCAAUCAUCAGGUUCAGUGUUAAGCAAAGCAUCAAUGUUCGAAGCUAAAAACAUGGAUACCAAGGCGAAAGAUCCUACUCAAAUGUCAGUCGCCGAAAGAAUGGCGUUUUUUGAGCGAAACAAAGGAGAGGCACCACUAAUACCAAAAGCACCGCUUACGAUGUCGAUACCGCCUAAGAAAUUACAGGAGAGUAAUAAGUUUAAUAUGCAAUCAGGAUCUAAUAUAAGUAAUUUGGUUGUUCAUGACGCGAAUAAUCGAAAUGAGACUUCAAACAAAAGCUUCUCUGUUCUUGAACAACGUGCAGUAUUUGAACAAGGUAGCAAUAAAAACAAAGUAGGAGAAAUGGAAAAUCAUAUCUUACAAGCUACUAACGAGAGACAGCGUGAAUUAAAUAUGCUGCGCUCGCGAUUUAAUAACAAUAAGGAGAUUGCUCGUGCCGCUGCUGGAUCCUGUGUUAGAACGAGCGAAAGUAGCGAAGGAGGUGGCAAAUCAACCUCCCCAAAAAGUUCGCCGAUUUGUCCCGUGAAACCGACUCCUGCUCCGGAUCACAUCACUCCACCGCCACCACCGCCACUACCACCAACACAACCUGAGAUUGUGUCAUAUCAUAGUAAAUCUUCGAUAAAAAGACAAGUUGUUGGAAGUCCACCUAAGGUUCAACAUUCGAAUAAAACUUUUUCCGAUUCCAAUGUUAAACGUAUCCGUGUAUGUAUUCCGAAAACAGGAUCCCUUUACCCAAAUUUAUCUAACAUCGAAGUUACAGAAGAAAGUGAAGUUGAUUCAGAAUAUACUAUUGAUAGUACCGAGCCUGUGACAGCUACUCUUGAUGAGAAAACUGAAACUGAAAGCGAAACGACAACUGAAGCCGAUUAUUACAUUCAGAAUAAUGAAACUGAUCAAGAGACUGAAAGUGAUCGAGAAAGCACACAGAAUUCAUCUUUCGGACGCACGAGUUUAGGACGUACUGUUCUGAAUGCGUUUAACGAACGCUCAUUGUUUAAUAAAAAGAGAUCUAUAGAACCAGAUCCAGAUAGCACUACAUCGGAUAUUUCAGCACUAGACGAAAUGGAUCAAUAUUUGGACGAGUGUCUCGACAUGGAAGAUAAUAAUGUGAAAGAGGAAGGUCCAACACCACCGAAAGUAAAUAAAGGUGGCAGAUCUCCAUUAGUGACGCAUAACAGUUUCAAAUAUCGUUCACCUCUAAAAGAUAGUUUAGAAGAUGGUGGCAAAUGCAAACCAUUAGUACGCACUGUUAGUGCAUAUAGACGAGAACAAUCUCAGCUGACUAAAGCUCAUUCAGCUUCAAAACCAGAAGCAGGAUCAGAUCUGGCUUCUGAUAUACAGAAAUGUGAGGAUGAAUCAGUGCUGGUAGAAAAUAAAGUGAAAAAAUUAUUGGACGAAGUUGUAACACAAAACAAGAAAAUAGAAGAAGCUAGCAAAGCAUUAAAUUUAUGCAAAGCUAGUAUAGAAUUUAAUGGUUCUAGUGAACAUGUCGGAGGUGAAUGGGCUCUUCUUGUUGCCACCCGUAAACGACAAGCUGCAUUGAAUGAAGUGCAGAGACUAAAACGAGAAGGCACGUUAAGACCUGUCAAGGCAGGUUCACCAGAUGUGGGGAGUGGAGCCUUAUCAAUUUCAGCGAUUACAUUAUCACUGAAACCAGAAUAUAUUCGACAUAUGGGUCUUGAUAAAUAUCUUCACUGUGUCUGCUUGAUGUAUCAUUUAGGUGAAAUGGUUGCCACUCAAGCAGCUACUGCUGAACCAGGUGACUCUUGCAUUCGUUUCACUUCGAUGUUGAAAUUUGAAAAUUUAUAUAGUGAUUUUAAAAUUGAUGUCGAAGUGUAUUCCUUGCAAACACAGCCAAAAUUUUUGCCCCAUGAAAAGAAGUAUCACAUUAAUCAUCAUAACAUAAAAACGACAAAUAAGACGCCAAAGAAAAAAAGUCAAUUUGUAAUGCCGGAUAUACAGAGUCCAGCUGGACCGCAUGUAAUCAGAUCGCCUGCUUUUGAAUUAUCUGGAACUGCGACUAUUACGAUCAAUGAUAUAAAUUGUGAACAAUUCACUUUGUAUGGAGUCUCGCCGCAUGCUCCUCUGGAAGGACUUCUACGAAUGCGUGUAUCGCGCAAACUUUCGGUAUCGAUAGAGCAUCGCGGAUUCUUGACACUUUUUGAGGAUAUUUCAAACUUAGGAGCUUGGCGUCGAAGAUGGUGUUGGCUUAAAGACGCUAGACUUUACUUUUGGAUACAUCCUGAGGACGAACACAAGAAAAGUCCGAUAUCAUAUUUAGAUUUAGAAGGUGUAAUUACGAAGAAUGUACAAUUCGUAAAUCGAGAGAAAUGCGCUCGUCCCUAUACAUUUGUGUUGGAGACAUCUAGACCAGCGCAACCCGGAGAUGAUAACAGUCUCAUUAUGAAGACGAAUGGGAUUGAAACCACAAUACAGCACUUUUUAUUAGCUGACACAAAAGAAGAAGGAUUACAAUGGAUGUCGAAAUUAAAUAAAACUCUAAGUUUAAUUAGAGCUUGGGGAUUAUUUAGAAAUCCAGUUUAAACUUGUUAAUCUCGAACAACGUAUUCAGGUACGUUCAAAUCGAUUUUUGUGAUAAGAAAUGAGCAAUGAUUAUGUAUUACUUAUUGAAAUAUAUAGGAUAAAGUGCUUCGUUUAACAUAUUUAGCAAAAUAAUUUUUAUUCGUCGAGUUUAAGUACAUGCAUUUGUUAGAUAUAUAACAUGGUACAAAUACGGUACAUGGUUUAAAUACGAAUAAUGCAAAUAUUACAUAUGAAAGGAUUUGAAAUAUAGUAGAACUUUAGGUCAAGCUUGAAUUUUCACAUUCACAAUAUGUUUUACAUAUUUUUUCGA